AUGUUUGGAGAGAUAGCCUUGCUCCAUGGCAUUGCCAGACUCGCCACUAUAACCACCACCACGCCAUGUGAACUGCUGAUGAUAAAAAAAGAAGACUUCGAUUCCGUCCUGAAAGAAACAGUACUGAAAGCUUGGACUGAAAUUCAAAAAAUUAUGAAUGAACUCUCGUAUUUCAAAAGCUGGGAUUCCAUGACCAAGAUAGAAUGUAGUACGUUAUCGAGAACCAAGUCUUUUGCACCAGAAGAAACAAUACUGGGAGACGACAUCGGGUCACCUACCUUCGUUUACUUCAUCACGAAAGGAACUUGCUGCAUCAUAGAGAACUUGGAAGUGAUGGUUAUUAACGUGAAAGGAAUCGAAAAAUACCGAUUAUUGAAUGGAGAAGCGGUACAAACAGAUGGAAGUGAAGAUACAGUCUCCGCCAUCUUCGAUAAAUAUCUAACCAAAGAUCUGAAGAGUGAGUUCGGUUUAAGGGACUGGCGUAAAGACGAUUCGUCAGACAAAUUAAUUGGAUCCAUGACACAAACAGGCGGCAUGUCUGCAUUCUCAUCUGCACCCUCAAAGACUAUGCGAACCGAGACCCAUUUCAUAAACGUUUGCGAGUUGAGAAAGGGCGCAUGCUUCAACGUUGGAGAAAACUUACAAAGGAGGCGUGUAGUAGCUACCACUCCGACGCACUGUCUUUUGGUGCCUCGUUAUUGGAUAAUGAAGAAUAAUUCUGACAAUAUAUGGAAUAGAGUGCAACAGUUUUUGAACAAGCACAUUCCUACCUCAGAGCAGAUAUUCGAUAAUUUCAUACAUGAAAGGAAAUUCAAACGGUACAGAAAGGGGUUGGUGAAGGACUUGCUUGCCGAGAAAAAGGUUGCGAAUACUAAUACUAUUCAUAAUGUUCCAUAUAGUAUUCGACUGAAGGAAGGAGUCGAUGUUGAUUAUUCAUAG